CCAAGGGUGUCUUUGUUUUGACCUAACGCUAAACUGGUAUUGGAAUUUAGUAUUCAGCAAUUAAUGAAAGGUGAAUUGAAAUAAAUUCUCUCGAGUACUUCUCUUUGCAUUUGGAACUGAAAAUUGGAUGUUUUUUUCCCUCAUGGCAGGUCUCCACUGCGCAUCUUCUCUCUCUGGUUGUGGGGUGUGCUACUGUGCUGAGCCUUGAUUCUCCUAACGGGCACUCGUGUUUUGUUUAAUUUUAUAAUAGAAAAUAGCUGUUCACAAACGGAAGCACUUCCAAACUGGAAUAGAAUGUUGACAUAAAAAUAUUUUCUAUCCAGGGUGACUGUGAGAUACUGGUGGAAAUCUGAGAUUGCUCAUCGAUCAUGUGUAGUUUUUGUAUCAUAAUGCCCCGUGGUUUAGUAACUUCCAUUUGUACUUUCUAUCAAUGUUAACUGAGCAAGGCAAACCGAACAGGGCACAUCCUUUUCAUAAAGUUGGAAAUGACCAAGUUUAUGUGCUGGGGGAGUAGGGAGGCAGUUACCUCUAGUUCUACCAUCAGUCUUUGAUUUCUGCAAACUGAUUGUAGCAGGGGAAAAUGGGCCAGAUAAUUUCUCACCAAACAGGUUUUGUAAAGAUAAGAUUUCAGUAGGAAUGAGUGAGUUAAAUAAUAUAUUUGUGUGACUGUUUAAGAGUGCCCCUUUCAAUCAGUGGUAUUGGGAAAACUGAUUUCCACAUGCAGAAGAAUGAAGUUGGACCCUACCUUACACCAUAUAUAAAAAUUAGCUCGAAAUGGAUCAAAGACCUUAAUGUAAGAGUUGAAACUACAAAAACUUAGAAGAAAACAGUGGAAAAACUUUAUGACAUUGGGUUUGGCAAUGAUUUCUUGGAUAUGACACCAAAAACACAGGCAACAUAAGAAAAAAAAUGGAUUUCAUCAAAAUGAAAAACUUCCAUGCUUUAAAGGACAGUCAACAGAGUGAAAAGGCAAUCCACAGAAUGGGAGGAAAUAUUUGCCAGUCAUAUAUCUGAUAAGUGAUUACUAUCUAGAAUAUAUACAGUAUCCCUACAACUCAAUGCCAAAAAGCAACCCAAUUAAAAAAAUGGGCAAAUGACUUAAAUAGAUGUUUCUCCAAAGAAGAUACACAAAUGGCCAAUAAGCAAAUGAAAAGAAUUCAGCAUGACUGGUUGUUAGGGAAAUCAAAAACCACAGGGAGAUACUGCUUCACACCCAUUAGGAUGGUUGCCAUCAAACCUUCUCCCCCCCAAAAAUAAAACACCCCGAGAAGAGCGCAUGUUCUUGAGAAUGUGGAGAAAUUGGAAUCCUUGUGCCCUGUUGAUAAGAAUGUAAAAUUGUGCAGCUUGUAGGAAAAAGUAUGGCUAUUCCUCAAAAAAUAAUAGAUUUUCUGUAUGACCUAACAACUCCGCCUCUAGGUAUCUACCCAAAAGAACAGAAAGUAGGGUCUCAAAGAGAUAGUGUACACACAUAUGCAUGGCAGCAUUAUUCCUAAUAGUCAAAAGGUUGAAGCAACCCAAGUGACCAUCCCUGGGUCAGUGAAUAAACGAAACUUGGUCUUCAUGCAGUGGAAUAUUUUUCAGCCUUACAAAGAAAGGAAAUGUUGACGCCCUUCAAUAGAACGAAGCUGGAGGACGAGAUGCUUCAUGUAAUAAGCCAGACACAAAAGGACGAGUACUGUAUGGCCCACUUACGUGAGGUUCCUAAGGUGGAUGGCUUGUGAUGUCAACCCACAGGCCAAGCCUUCAGUGUUAGCUGGUGAGCCAAGGGGGGACGCAGCGCCUGCCACGCGCUAUCGGGAUGUCCCUGGCCAAAGAGCUCAUCUUCUCUGCACGCGUGCUCGAUGGCCAAGAAGCCAAAGCCGUGGGCUUGAUCAGCCAUGUUCUAGAGCAGAACCAGGAGGGGGAUGCUGCCUACCACAAGGCCUUGGACCUAGCAAGAGAGUUUUUACCUCAGGGACCCGUUGCAAUGAGAGUGGCAAAAUUAGCAAUUAAUCAAGGGAUGGAGGUUGAUUUAGUAACAGGAUUAGCCAUAGAAGAAGCUUGUUAUGCUCAGAUGAAUUCUGAAGGCAGUGUGAGAGCAGGGUGCCUGACGGGGAGAAUCGAGGAUGCCGAGACACGUACCUCAGGUGGUCAGGGCCAGCCCUCGUGGCCCCCGUCCACGCAGCGCGAGCCUCGGGAGGCAAGGGUGCCAGACUCCAAUUUGAAAAUCUCCAGCAGCUUAUCUGCAAGCAAGUUGAAUCCAAUGCUUCCUGACUCAUUGUCUCAUCAACAUGCGAAGUUUUUGAAGAGAAACCCCUUUAACUCCUUGCCCGAGGGAGCCCUGGUGGUGGCGUGGCCGGUCUGUCCUCACUGUGCCCUGGGCGGGCAGCGGAACGUGGAUGGGCCUCCGACAUGGGAGUGCGGGCGUGGAGAGUUAUCCUCUAAAGCAUUCUUACCAUGUGUCAAGAGCUAUCAAGUUUCCUUGGUGCCGACAGCGAAUGUAUCCGUUGUCAUCCUGCGAGGCACAAGAACAACAGUCACCUCGGGACUGCUGGUGUCACUCAGGAGCCGUGGGCGUCACACAACAGCAUUUACGGGCUCCAGGAAGCAUUUAUCAGCAUCUCCGUGGGAGUCAUUCCAGCUCCAACUGUGCUAAGAAAUGGACUUCCUCUGUGGUCACCUCUGGGAAAACCCACAAAGAUGAGAGGGACAUCGUAGCCCAAAUGACGUCCCCAGAAAGGGAAACCGUUGGGACCGUUGAAACUCUUAACUCAUUUCUGAGACACAAGAGCGUUCUCUGAUGGGCCUGAUGGCCGUUUCUGGAAACAGGAUGCCCCGGCCCCCUCCGCCACCUCGCCAUCCCUGCAGUCGGCCCUAGUGAUUUCAGAGCGUUCCACUGCUUCUGCAAGCCACCACCCUUCCUAAGCACACCAUGUUCCCGGACAGCCCAAGUCUGAGAUAAUUUUCAAACCACCGGGGAUGACAAGUCCACGUCGUGCUGUUCCAUGGCACACCCACAAGUCCAUACAUCACAACCUGAUUUUCACUGUGGCAGCUGGGAGGAUAGUUUUGGACACCCACCUGCAUGUGUGAAGAGUCACCUGGCCCCUAUUUCUCGUCCUGACCAUAACCAACCAGGAUGGGGCCUGAGAUUCGGGUGACUGUCAGCAAUAAUAAGAGAUAAUGAAUGAGUUGGCAUUGUGCCCCAUAAAACGAUUUUGCAAGUACCGGGUAAGCUUGCUCAACGAAACCCUCCCCUUAGCCCACCAUGACUAAUUCCGCUUGCUGCUUUUGUGGGCUUGGACAACAGUCCUUACUGACCUUUGCCGUAGUAUGUGAGCUUGCCCUCAUGGCUCUCUCUUACACACUCCCCGACGGCCAUUUGUGGAUCCUUAAUUUUGUGUUUUUCACUGCCGUGACCACGGCUAACAUUAUGGAGCCGGCGCUUUAUUUUUCCCUCUGAGUUUGUAUCAACGGUUUUUUAAAAACAAAUGUGAUUAUACUGUGUGAAUUCUUUGAUAUUCUGCCUUUCUCCCUCAAUAUUUUAUUGUGAGGACACUCCCAUUGCUUCUAGAGAUAUUCAACAUAGAAGUUUUAUUUGUUGUAAAGUAUUUAUUCCGGGAUUAUACCAUUAGCCAUAAUUUAUUUGGCCAGCUCCCAUUUUCUGACAUUUAAUACUGUUGUUAAAAUUAUACUAUGAUCAGUAAAGCUACCGUGAAUCUCA